UAAUAACAAUACUGAUCGUUGAUAGGUUCGCGGUGUAAUGACAGCCGCUCGCUGCGGAAAGUCAUUAGCCUGACAUUGGAACACAAAAGUGUAUAUAACGCUGAGGUUUCGGAAAGGUCCGAUCACCAGCUAUCCCGAGAAGACCAGAAGACCUUUCCACGUAAAAUGGCUUCCAAGAUUGUGUUGUUGCUUGCUUGUACCAUAGCAAGCUCUUUUGCUACCUAUGGAGGCCUUGGAGGUCUUGGAGGCGGUUACGGCCUUGGAGGCGGUUAUGGCCUUGGAGGCGGUGUCGGCCUCGGUGGCGGUCUGGGAUACGGUGGUGGCGUCGGAGGUGGUCUCGGAUACGGAGGUGGUCUAGGAUACGGAGGUGGACUAGGAUACGGUGGUGGUCUAGGAUAUGGAGGUGGUCUUGGUGUUGGAGGAGGUCUAGGAUACGGCGGUGGUCUAGGAUACGGUGGUGGUCUAGGAUAUGGAGGUGGUCUUGGUGUUGGAGGAGGUCUAGGAUACGGCGGUGGUCUAGGAUACGGCGGAGGUCUAGGAUACGGCGGUGGUCUAGGUCUCGGAGGAGGUCUAGGAUACGGCGGCGGACUUGGAUACGGCGGCGGUCUUGGAUAUGGAGGAGGUCUAGGUCUGGGAGGUGGUCUAGGUCUAGGAGGUGGUCUUGGAGCUGGUUACGGUGUUGGAGGUGGUUACGGCCUUGGAGGAGGUUACGGAGCUGGCGGAUACAACGGCCUCAAUGCAGGUUACGGACUCGGAGCCGGAAACUAUGGCGCUGGCGGUUACGGAGGCGGUUACGGAGGUGCCAAUGGUUUCGGAGGAGCUCAAGGUUUCGGAGGCGGCAAAAUAGGAGGAGGAUCUAGUGGGUUCAGCAAGAGCACCACCUCCAGCUCAUCUGGACACUCCACUGGAGGAUACGCCAGCGGAGGCGGUGGCUUCGCCGACCUCGGAGGCUUCAACCAAGGAGGAGGCUACGGAGGCGGAGCCGGAGCUUACGGAUCUAAUCUAGGAGCUAACGGCUACCUCGGAUCCGCCAACGGUUUCGGAGCCGGAGGCAACUAUGGAGCCGGAGGUGGCUUCGGAGCCGGAGCCGGUCUUGGAGCCGGAGGCUUGUUGUAUUAACUGAUAAAAUGACUCUCCCAAAACUGUAAUUUGUUUUAAGACCAAAGUAAUUGGUGGCCAAAGCCCCAGAAGGGACCAGAAGCAAUGAGAUAAAACGAUGGAUUGACAACACCUGUAUUGUUUUGCAUGAGACAAAUGAAGAGGAGAGAGAGAAUAUGUGGCUUUAAUAAAUGUUAUCAAACCA